UAAUGUAGCAAAACAAAAACAACAACCCCAUGUGAUGCGCUGUUGUGUGUGUCUGUGAAUAGGAAUACCGUUUAUAUUUCUUCUUGAAAUAAAAUUACUGUAAUAGAAAUGAGCAUCCUCUGUGAGGACACUGUAGGCUCUUUGCCAGAAUAGUUGUCAUCGAAGGAGAUUGGUUUGCAACCUUUACAGCUUGCUAGCUUGGAGGCUAAGGAGACAGUUUUCGGAAAUCCCCACUCUGAUUCAUUGGUUUCGAUUUUGAUAUAGAGGCACCUUCCGAACGGUAAAAUGGCAGAGCAAAAUAUUCAGUCUAAACUGGUAAAUUUGCUGAAAAACGACAAGAUACAACUCUGGAACCCCCCUUACACUACAGAGAAUGGAGUUGCACAGGAUCAAAUGCAUGAGCUUGCUGAAAAAUAUGCCCCAGUGGUGGACGUCCCUGUAGUGGAUGUGGAAAUAGCUCUGGAAAACAUCAGAACACAAGCUGUGCACAAGGGAUCUGGAAACAAGCUGUUCAGAGAGACAUGUGUCGCCACUUUGGAAAUUCUGCUCCCAAAAGAUGAGAGAAAGGACAAAAAGAAGAAUUACAUGGAAACCAGAUUAGAUGUCAAAGCUCAGGAAAUAAUGAACAGAAUAACAAAGGACUCCGGAUUGAAGUACAUCAAACUAAUUUUGAAUGGGAAGACAUUACUACCUGACAAGAGGCUGGACGAACAGAACGUGAAGAACAACAGCAAGGUGAUGGUGCUGAAGGUGAGCGAGCCGGAGGGCAAGAAGGCCAUGGUGGAGGAGGAGGAGAAGAAACGAUCCCAGGACGAGAGCAUGCAGCGCACACAGAAGGGCUUCCAGAUACUCUCCGAGAGAGAUGGCAGUGAGGACCCAACAACCACUCCAUUUUUGGAGAUUGCUGAUCAGAAGGGAAAUCCGCUUGUCAUCCCUGCUAGUGAAAAAAAGGCUCUGAUCCAGGCCAUGGGUUUCCAUGAGAAGGGCAGAGCGUUGAUGAAACGCAGACAGUACGAGGCUGCACUGUGCCACCUGCUGCAUGCAGACGCAGAGUUCAAUAAGUGUGGCUCGACGCUGCUGAACACGGUGGACAACUUUGCGGUGCUGCAGCUGGACGUGGUGUGGUGCUACCGGGCACUGGAGUCCCUCAGCUGCCUGGAGGACAGCAAGCAGCGGUUGCAGAGGGCCGAGGACUGCUUCCUCAAGUGCUACGGGGAGCACCAGCAGAGGCUGCUGCAGAUCAAGGGCAGCUCUGGAGGUGAGGAUGUGCUGUUCCUGAGGCUCUAUCUCCUGCAGGGCAUUAUCGCAUACCUGGACGGCAACGACAGGAAAGCCAAAGACAUGUUAAGCAAGGUGGAGGACCUGUACAGUCGGCUGCGUCUGGACACGGAUAAGCUGGACAUGCUGAUGGCCAUGGGCUUUAGUGGGCAGGAGGCUCGCCUCGGCCUCAGAGCCUGCCACGGAGACGUCAACCGCGCAGCACAGCACAUCAGCCAGAGGAGACAGGAGAAGGAGGAGAUGCGCAGUAGGGAGCGGCAGAAGAGGAGGACGCGGCAGGAGGGCAUCAACACGCUGGUGGAGCUGGGCUAUGCCAAGAGGGACGCGGCACGGGCACUGCACCAGGCUAAUGGGGACGUGGACAAGGCCUAUUUGAUCCUCCUGGAUGCAUCUGAUGCCAUGGAAGCCAGCAGCUCCGCAACAAGCCCCUCAGAGCCCAACAAACAAACCAUGAUAGAUCAGCUGGUCUACCUGGGCUUAGACCGCGAGGUGGUGGAGGCAGCGCUGAGGCUGACGGACUGGGACCCAGCGCAGGCCACACAGCUGCUGCUGGACAACCAGGGCUGCCUUCCCCCCGAGCUGCUCUCCCCCUCACCCCCCUCCACCUCCUCAGAGGAGCCCAGUACCUCAUCAGACUCAACCACCAGCACAGCCUCGGCGAGUCUGGACGCAGACCUGGUGAAUGAGGUCCUGGAGGACAUCCCUCAGCACGAGGAGGACUACCUGGACGUCUCCCUAGAUGAAGAGGGAGAGAUCAUCACACUCCUCAAGUCCUACCUGGAGAGGACCAGCAGCUCAACCUGCUGAAGACACACCUGUUCUGAUGACGCACACCUGGGGGAGUAUUCCAAGAACAUGGCUAAGUGAUGAGUCUGGCUAAGUUAACCUGCAGGAAGUGGUAAAUAUGAUAAUAGAUAGUCCACAGGUGUCAUUUAGUUCUGAAAUUACGGAUUCCAGGCUCUUCUAUUAGAUGAUUUACCACUGCCUCAAGGUUAACUUAACCUGGAUUACUACUUAGCCAGGUUCUUGGAAAACUCCCCUGGUUCUGAUGACACACACCUGUGCAUUUCAAAAGCACUUAACUGACAGAUUGUUUUUCAUUUUAUUUUUUCGGUUGAAGGUUUCAGGAGACUUGUUUAGUAAUAAUAAAUGAUAAUAAUUAACUAAGGAUACUUGAAGGGAUUUUGAGGCCAUAGAUUGAUUAUUUUGUUCAGGGAUUUAAGAAGAGGAGUUUUGUGUUGGUAUUGGUUGGGAUCAUCGAUUGCUUUUGUUUUUGUUGUCAUCAUUGAGUUCAUUUGAAAAAAAAACCACAAUGCAAUAUUAAAUAAUUGCCAUACCUAGAGACAUUGCUCUCAAGAAAGUUUACAUUUGGGCCACAACACUGGCAAUAUGUGAAGCUGUUGUUGCUGCAUCUUUCAAAGAUUAUGAUUAUCAUACAAUAUUCAUUUAAAUUUAAAGAUUAUUAUUGUAAAGUUUAGGAAUUUGACUGGUAGGUCAAAUAUGUCUUUGCUUGUGUAGUUUAGUGAUUGACGUUUGCUCAUUUAAAAUGAUGCCAUCAUUUCAGGUUGCUGUUGUGCCUAAGAUUUGAGUUGGUCAUUUGUUAAUUGUGUUCCCAUAACCAGCAAUAAACUUGUGUUUGGUUUAUUUUAAAA